ACACGGACAACAGAGUGGCCGCCACAGCGGAUGCCCCUGCAGCCAUCAUCGCCCAUAGCUGCUCCGGUUUCCCUGAUCCCCGUUCCCACGCGCACCCCACCCACCACCACGCCGGAGAAGAGGGGACGGAGAAAAAGGGAAAAAUUCAAAUCGAAGUCGUCCACACCCACCGACGAAAACGCUGCGACAUCUCAAAUCCAAUCCAAUCGAAUCGAUUCGAGCCAGUGCAAACCCCCUGAUCCCCUCUCCGCCUCCUCCGAUUUGAAUCCACGCGCUUCCCCCAGCUCGAGCGCCCCCUCUCUGCGAAUCUCGGCUUGAUUUUGAGGCUAGGGUUUGGGAGGCUCCGGAUCGCGGGGCUGCGCGGAGGCUAGGGUUUGGAAUCGAGCGCCGCGGCUGCGGAUUGGGGGGUUCUGGAUCGAGCUGCUCCGCGUCGGCUUGUGAUGGUGGUGACUGGUGAGAGGAGGAAGGGGAGAGGGAGGGGGAGGGGGAAGGGGCUGCGGAGGUGGAGGUGGUGGUGAGUGAGGGUUGGCUGUUCGGUUGGGUUGGGGCUGAGGUCAAGGACAGGAGCGCCCGCCGGCCAUGGUGCGGCUUCUCGGGUUGCGGAGCCUGAGCUUCGGGCCGGAGGAGUCGCCGCGGGAGAUCACGGCGGCUGGCGGCAACGCGGCGCCGCCCGUCGGCAGCAGCGGCUGGCUCGUGCGCUUCUUCGACUCCGCCUUCUUCUGCGAGUGGAUCGCCGUCAGCUACCUCUACAAGCACGAACAUGCCGGCGUGCGCGACUACCUCUGCAACCGCAUGUACACGCUCCCGCUCCCGGGGCUCGAGGCCUACCUCUUCCAGGUCUGCUACAUGCUCAUCCACAAGCCCAGCCCGUCCCUCGAUCGCUUCGUCAUUGACACCUGCGCCAAGUCCCUCCGCAUAGCGCUCAAGGUGCACUGGCUCCUCGCCGCCGAGCUCGAGCUCGAGGACGCCGAUGAUUUGGAUGGGAUCGAUAAGGUACAGGAGCAAUGCCAGGUGGCGGCGACCGUGCAGGGAGAGUGGUCACCGCUGGUCCCGCCUGCGCCACCAUCCCCUGCUGCCAGUCCACGCAGCAAUCCCAUGCUCAGCAGGAUACGCUCUUCCAAGCAGCGGCUGUUGUCUCUUGCCUCUUCACCGUCGCUUGGCUUGAGCCCCACCGGCGGUGGGGCCAAUGUGGCUUCUGCCGAGGAUGCUGUGGGCAGCGGAGGGAAGCAGCCAGCGGUGCCGUCAUCGGAGGAUAACAAGCUGCUCAAGAGGCUGAGCAUUGGGCCAAAGGUGCGUGAUGCACUGCUCUUCAGACGGUCUGGAGAGAAGGAUGAGGAGCAGGACCGAGAUGGGUUCUUUAAGAGGCUUCUUAGGGACAGCAGAGACAGGGAGCAGGAGGAUGGGGACAGGGAAGGAUUUUUCAAAAGGUUACUUAAGGAUAGCAGGGAUAAGGAGAAUGAGGAGGAAGAAGGGGAUAAAGAUGGUUUCUUCCGCAGAUUGCUAAGGGACAGCAAAGAGGAGGACAUGGAGCUGACGCCGAGUUCAGAGGGUUUGUUGAAGCGACUCUUCCGAGAUAGGGAGGACAGGCUGGGUGUGGAUGAUGAGAAGGAAGGCUUUUUUCGCAGGAUAUUCAAGGAUAAGAAUGAGGAGAGGAGAGAAAGCAUGCAUGGAAGGCAUGUGGAUGAGGAAAGAGUGGGCAAGAGUCUAGAGGAUGAUGACAAAGAAGGUUUCUUCCGCAAGAUUUUCAAAGAUAAGAAUGAGGAGAGGAAAGAUGGAGGGCAUCAUAAGCAGGAUGAGAGGGAAAAGGUCAGUGCAAAUAUAGAAGAGGACAAGAGAGAUGGUUUUUUCCGGCAACUCUUCAAGGAGAAAAACGAUGAGAAAAAAGAAGGCAGCACGCCAAGCAAGAAAGAGGAAGAGGAGAAAGGCCAUAAGAAUGCAGAUGAUGAUAAUUUCUUCCGCAGGCUUUUCAAGGAUAAGAAUGAAGAAAAGAAGGGAGCUGCUCAUGACAGGAAUGAGGAUGACAAGUGUGAGGAAGGUGAUAAGGAAAACUUUUUUUGCAAAUUAUUCAAGGACAAGCAUGAGGAGAGGAGAAAUGAGGGGUUUGACAAAAAUGAUGAUGAUGGUAAGGGCACCAGUGGCAUUGAAGAAGAGGAUAAUUCAGAGUUCUUGUCAUUCCGUAGGUUGUUUAGAGUGCACCCAGAAGACGUUAAGGGUGGACAUAUAGAAAGUAGUCAACCCAACAAUCUCUCUGAGGGGAGCCCAGGAUCAGAGAGCUUUUUUAAGAGGCUAUUUCGAGAUAGAGAUCGUUCGCUUGAAGAUUCUGAGCUUUUUGGCUCAAAAGUAGUGAAAGAGUGGUAUUUGUUGCAGAAACACCCUGGUAGCACAGGAACCAACGAGAAGCAAAGUGGAAAACCACCUUUUCCAAACAACGCGAUAGCGGAGCUUCGAAAAGGCUCUUACUAUGCUUCGUUGGAGCUUGUAAAGUCUUUAUGUGAUACAUCUUAUGGCCUGGUAGACAUAUUUCCUAUUGAAGAUCGUAAGAUUGCUCUCCGGGAGUCUCUUAUGGAGAUCAAUUCCCAGAUUGCUUCUGCUGAGAAAAAUGGAGGAGUAUGCUUUCCAAUGGGAAAGGGCAUAUAUAGACUUGUUCAUAUACCUGAAGAUGAAUCUGUUCUUCUGAAUUCUAGGGAAAAAGCUCCUUAUCUUAUAUGUGUUGAAGUUUUAAAAGCAGAAGCACCAAGUCACUCUAAAAGAUCAUCAGAUGUGCACAAGCUGUCAAAAGGUGGGAUACCCUUGGCUAAUGGAGAUGUCCAGUUACCAAAACCACCUCCAUGGGCAUAUCCUCUGUGGAGUCGGCAUGAAACACAAAAUUAUGAAACAGACAGAAUGCUGAAGUCUACUUCUCAGGUUAUUGACCAAGCAAUGGCUCAACUCUGGGAGGCCAAAGUAAAAUUUGUAAACGUUAGUUUCUCGAUUGAGAAACUUGGUCGUUCAAGGAGCCUUGCGAUUUCUGACACGGGGCGUAGGCUGCGACAUGCUACAACAGAUUCUCAUGGUCCUGCAGGAGAUUCCCAGGCAAUUGUUGAUCAGCCUAUUGAAUGGGUGAAGGUUACUUUAUCUGCAGUUCCAGGAGUUAACAUGGACGAUGUGGAUGACAAUGAGCCCAUACGGAGGAAGGACCAUCGACGUGUCCCUAGUACAAUUGCCAUCGAGGAAGUCAAGGCUGCAGCAUUAAUAGGAGAAGCACCACCUGGCCUUCCGCUAAAAGGAGUUGGGCAGAGCACCCAAAAUUUAGAUCCUAAGGCAAUUGAUUGUGCGGAUCCUAAACCAACCGAUGCUUUGGCUGGCGAGCUUUGGGCUGUCAAGAAGGAAAGAAUACGGCGGUCUUCGGUCCAUGGAAAAUCACCUGGCUGGGACUUGCGUUCUGUUAUUGUAAAGAGUGGUGAUGACUGCCGUCAGGAACACUUGGCUGUACAGCUUGUUGCACACUUUUAUGAUAUAUAUCAGGAAGCUGGUUUACCACUUUGGCUGCGGCCUUAUGAAGUUAUUGUCACUUCUGCUUAUACAGCACUAAUUGAGACUAUUCCUGAUACGGCAUCAAUUCACUCCAUCAAAAGUAGGUUUCCCAAUAUAUCAAGUCUUCGAGACUACUAUGUAGCUAAGUAUGAAGAAAAUUCUCCAAAUUUCAAACUUGCACAGAGAAACUUUGUGGAAAGCAUGGCGGGAUAUUCGAUUCUAUGCUACUUACUCCAGGUCAAAGAUCGCCACAAUGGAAAUCUUCUUAUAGAUGAGGAAGGACAUAUUAUUCAUAUUGAUUUUGGUUUCAUGUUAUCCAACUCUCCUGGAGGGGUAAAUUUUGAGAGUGCACCAUUUAAACUGACAAGGGAGCUCCUUGAAGUGAUGGAUUCUGAUGCAGAGGGAACUCCCAGUGAGUUCUUUGACUACUUCAAGGUGCUAUGCAUUCAAUGUUUCCUAACUUGUCGGAAGCAUGCAGAGCGUAUUAUACUUCUCGUGGAAAUGUUGCAGGAUUCUGGCUUCCCAUGCUUUAAAGGUGGCCCUCGCACUAUACAAAACUUGAGGAAGAGGUUCCACUUGAGUCUCACUGAAGAGCAAUGCGUAUCCCUGGUGCUUUCGCUGAUCAGCAGCAGCAUGGAUGCUUGGCGCACUCGGCAGUAUGAUUACUACCAGAGAGUAUUGAAUGGUAUUCUAUGAUGAACCCCCACAGGAGCAACAGGCUCAUUCAGAAACCAGUUUCUUUGUAUCAUUGGGCAAACAUUGGGAUUGCAUAGGUCAGUUUGGGGCUGAUCUAUACUGGUACCCCGUCUCAAUAUCCGGGAGCGAAUCAGUAAUUGAGCACUGUGGUUUCCUGCGGUAGCGAGCUGUGGGAAAAAGAGUGGUGCCUGCAUUGUGUACUUGCAUGUUACUCCCCCCACUGACAGAGUUGAGAAGUGUAUAGUCAUCGGCAGUUAUCUAGUUUUAGUGCUUCAUACUAGGAGAUUGACGCAGCUUGGACAGGAUAUAGGAGAGGACCGAGUCAUACAUGAAGCGAAGAAGUGUAAAUUAUAGGCAUAUGGGUGAUCCGAGGGCAGCAGAUGUCAUGUCGGCACAAUUGUUGUUGUCUCGAUAUCCUGUGGCAUGCCAAUAGCACAAAAGUGGAUGUGCCUUGCUGCAUAUGUAAAUUACCAUUACUGUACAGUGCCCGUACCAUAGGAGGUUGUCGUCCAUUUGUUGGCCUUUUUCUUGCUCAGGAGGAUUUCUAUUGCUGUGGGUGUUUGAAGCUAAAUCUAGGUGAUAGCUUGUUGCCUAGCGGUAUGAUCUGUGUGUUCAAGGAAUUUUUGGGCUUUUGCAAAUUGAAAUUCUGAAUUUUAUGUUGUGGUACAUCCCAUUGCAACAGUAAUUUGUGGCAUGUGAUGAAGAAAAGCACACUCCUGGAGCAUUAAUACAGUUGUGCACAAAUUUUGUGCGACGAA